AUGGCCCUGGGCCAUAAUGACAAGUCCAAGUCUCCUAACCAGGCGAGACCUUUGCGCGUCAUUGACCUUUGCACUGGAACAGGGUGUAUACCACUUCUUCUGCACGCCUUACUUUCUCCUCAUUUCCAGGAGCUAGAGAUAACAGGAGUGGACAUCAGUCCUACGGCCUUAGACCUAGCCCGAGAGAAUCUCGAGCAUAACCUGCAAUUGGGCCAGUUGGCACCCCGUGCAGGGACAGACAUUCACUUCUAUCGCGCCGAUGUCCUCGGACAUAACAGUGACAAUUCAGUCCCGUCCAUCGAGUCAAUACUCCAAACACAACUCCCCAAUUUCGGAGCAUUGGACAUCUCAUCACCCGACCAAGAAAGUGAAUGUGAUCUAUUAAUCUCCAACCCGCCCUACAUAUCCCAAACGGAGUUCCGCAACGGUACCACUGCACGCAGUGUACGGCGCUUUGAGCCCAAGCUGGCACUUGUGCCUCCAUACUUGGGCUCCAGGAUGGAAGACUGCAUGCCCGAGGAUAUCUUCUACCACCGCAUUCUUACCCUAGCAUUGAAGUUGAAGGCCAAGCUCACGGUGCUGGAGUGUGGGGAUUCUCACCAGGCUAAUCGAGUGGUUGCUCUUCACAAGCGACUUGCUUCUGCUGAAUCUGGGCAGUCCAGGGCGGAGGUCUGGCCGAGCCGAGAGCAGGAUCUGGCUGAUAAUGGGUUUCAUGAGACUGACGGAUCACGAGGUGUCAUCAUACGGACUCUCCGGUAG